GUAAUGCGGGAAUUGAUCCAAGCCUGGGCUGCGUUUGCUUCGGGCUGCGAUCAGGGGCAGCUUGAGAUUGCGAGUGAGUCGACCACUGUGGCGUCUGAGCUUUCGGCGGCGCGCGCGAUCCAAGCUGGCCUAGGACUGGAAGGCACCCAGGUCGAAUUGACCUCGGUUGCGGCGGACUUUGGCAUCGAGAGGGGCAGUGGCGCUGUAGUUGCCAAGCCCCGUCGCUCCAAGCGUCUUGGGCAGGCCACCCGCAAG